UCAAUAUUAAUCAAAAUGAAUUGGCAGUACUAUUGUGAAUGUGUCCUCGGAUGGAUGUUGAAUAACAAGAUCAUUGUGUUCCUUGGAUUAUUGUCAUUUUGCUUAUUCGUUUCCACGUUGGCUCUUGCUGGUCAGAGGAAUCGUUUGAGCCGAGAGGUUGAGGAUCUCAGACAGUCUACAACUUCCAGCCCCGUGACACAAGGCCCCACGACACAAAACCCAACGACACAAAACCCCACGACACAAAACCCCACGACAUCUGAUAGUGAGGUAACAGUAACAACUUCUAAACCAGAAGAAGUUGAUAUGAAUAAUAAUGAAGAAAAAUCAGUUAUACCACCAAUUGAUCAAGAUGAAGAGGCGUCUGUCAUAGAAAAAUCUGACGGAAUUACGAAUGAUUUGAAUUUAUUAAAGCGAAGUAGGUUUUUUAAUGUAUUAGCUGUUCCAGCUUAAGUUGUCAAAAUCG